UUCCUUUUGCUCAGGGCGUGCGUGCGUGCCUGGUCACUCUUCUCUCUCUUUGCUUCCCCAACAUGGCGGCGGCCGGAGAGGAGCAAUUCCCCUUCCAAGGGCUUCUGCCCAAGAAGGAAACGGGCGCUACCUCGUUCCUCUCUCGGUACCCGGAAUAUGAUGGGCGGGGUGUCCUAAUCGCUGUUUUAGACACUGGUGUGGACCCCGGAGCGCCGGGCAUGCAGAUUACAACUGAUGGGAAACCCAAGAUAAUUGACAUAAUAGAUACAACAGGCAGUGGUGAUGUAAACACCUCAAUGGUUGUAGAGCUAAAAGAUGGAGAAAUCAUCGGUCUUUCAGGAAGAACUCUGAAGAUCCCAACAGACUGGAUAAAUCCUUCAGGAAAAUAUCACAUUGGCUUAAAAAAUGGUUAUGAUUUCUAUCCUAAAGCUCUUAAGGAGAGAAUACAGAAAGAGCGCAAGGAAAAGCUUUGGGAUCCUGUUCACAGACUGGUACUAGCCGAAGCCUGUAGGAAGCAAGAUGAAUUUGAAGCUGCUCACAACUCUCCUUCACAGGAAAGCAAGCUAAUAAAGGAAGAGCUUCAGAGUCAAGUGGAGUUACUGAACUCUUUUGAGAAAAAAUACAGUGAUCCUGGUCCUGUAUAUGACUGCUUGGUGUGGCAUGAUGGUGAAACUUGGAGAGCUUGCAUAGAUUCAAGUGAAUCGGGUGACUUCUCUAACUGCACUGUUCUACGGAACUACAGAGAAGGUCAAGAAUAUGGUUCUUUUGGCACAUCAGAGAUGCUGAACUACUCUGUCAAUAUUUAUGAUGAAGGGAACUUGCUGUCAGUUGUGACAAGUGGAGGAGCACAUGGAACACAUGUUGCUAGUAUAGCUGCUGGAUAUUUCCCAGAUGACCCAGAACGAAAUGGUGUGGCCCCUGGGGCGCAAAUUCUUGCCAUCAAGAUUGGUGAUACAAGAUUAAGCACAAUGGAAACUGGAACAGGCCUUAUAAGAGCCAUGAUAGAAGCCAUAAAAUACAAGUGUGACCUUGUCAACUACAGCUAUGGAGAGGCAACCCACUGGCCAAAUGCUGGGAGAAUAUGUGAAAUAAUUAAUGAAGCUGUGUGGAAACACAACGUAAUCUAUGUUUCAAGUGCAGGGAACAAUGGCCCUUGUCUGUCUACAGUUGGAUGUCCAGGUGGAACUACAUCUAGUGUCAUUGGUGUUGGUGCUUAUGUGUCACCUGAUAUGAUGGUUGCUGAAUAUUCAUUGCGAGAGAAGCUGCCUGCAAAUCAGUAUACCUGGUCAUCUCGAGGGCCUAGCACUGAUGGAGCUCUGGGAGUGAGCAUUAGUGCACCAGGAGGUGCUAUUGCCUCUGUCCCAAACUGGACUUUGCGAGGGACGCAACUCAUGAACGGCACAUCGAUGUCUUCACCCAAUGCAUGUGGUGGCAUUGCUUUAGUACUGUCAGGACUCAAAGCUAAUGGUGUGCGUUACACUGUUCAUUCAGUCAGGAGAGCACUAGAAAAUACUGCAGUGAAGGUGGAAAACAUACAGGUUUUUGCCCAAGGACAUGGUAUUAUUCAGGUUGAUAAAGCCUAUGACUACCUCAUCCAGAACUCAUCAUUUGCCAAUACCAUAGGUUUCACCAUUACUAUUGGAAACAACCGUGGAAUCUACCUCAGAGAUCCUGUACAGGUAGCUGCACCUUCUGACCAUGGUGUUGGCAUAGAACCAUUCUUUCCUGAGAAUACAGAAAAUACCGAAAGGAUAUCUCUCCAGCUUCAUCUAGCUUUAACUUCAAGUGCAUCCUGGGUUCAGUGCCCUUCUCACCUGGAGCUUAUGAACCAAUGUAGACAUAUUAAUGUUCGUGUGGACCCCCGUGGUCUACGGGAAGGAGUUCACUAUACAGAGGUGUGUGGUUAUGAAAUAUCAAUGCCUAACGCAGGUCCUUUGUUUAGAGUUCCAGUAACGGUGGUUAUACCAACAAGGACAGAUGAAACUUCGCACUAUGAUCUUAAAUUUACUGAUGUUCAUUUUAAACCUGGUCAAAUUCAAAGACACUUCAUUGAAGUUCCUUCUGGAGCAACGUGGGCUGAAGUAACAGUGUGCUCAUCAUCUGCUGAUGUGACUGCCAAGUUUGUUCUCCAUGCGGUUCAACUAGUGAAGCAAAAGGCAUACCGAAGCCAUGAGUUCUACAAGUUUUCCUCGAUACCUGAAAAAGGAUCAGUUACAGAAGCAUUUCCCAUCUUAGGUGGAAGAACGAUUGAAUUCUGUAUUGCUCGUUGGUGGGCAAGCCUCAGUGAUGUUAGCAUUGACUACACAAUUUCCUUCCAUGGCGUAGUUUGCACUGCUUCUCAGUUAAACAUUCAUGCUUCAGAAGGCAUAGUCCGCUUUGAUGUUCAAUCAACACUGAGAUAUGAAGAUAUCACUCCUUGCAUAAAUCUCAAAAGCUGGGUUCAAACACUAAGGCCCCUGAGUGCUAAAAUAAAACCAUUGGGAUCCCGAGAUGUUUUGCCAAUUAAUCGACAAUUAUAUGAGAUGAUUUUGACAUACAACUUUCAUCAACCCAAGAGUGGAGAAGUAACUCCAAGUUGUCCCUUGCUCUGUGAACUCUUGUAUGAAUCUGAAUUUGACAGCCAAUUGUGGAUUAUCUUUGACCAGAACAAAAAGCAGAUGGGCUCUGGGGAUGCCUAUCCACACCAGUAUUCCAUGAAACUGGAGAAAGGAGAUUAUACUGUUCGACUACAAAUUCGUCACGAGCAAAACAGUGAACUGGAUCGGAUCAAAGAUCUUCCAUUUAUUGUCUCUCACAGACUGUCUACUGCUCUAGGUUUAGAUAUUUAUGAAAACCACAGUCAAGCUCUCUUAGGGAAGAAAAAAGCAAACAGUAUGUCUCUGCCACCGAAACAUAGCCAGCCCUUCUUUGUUACAUCUUUGCCAGAUGACAAAGUACCUAAAGGAGCAGGCUCAGGGUGUUAUCUUGCAGGAUCACUGACACUUUCAAAGACAGAACUUGGAAAAAAAGCGGGGCAGUCUGCAGCAAAGCGACAAGGAAAGUAUAAAAAGGAUGUGAUUCCCGUUCAUUAUCAUCUGAUCCCAUCACCAAUAAAAAAUAAAAAUGGAAGCAAGGACAAGGAGCUAGAGAAAGAAAAAGAUGCAAAGGAAGAAUUUGCUGAAGCUUUAAGAGACCUGAAGAUACAGUGGAUGACGAAGCUCGAUACCGGUGACAUGUAUAAUGAAUUGAAGGAAGCUUUUCCUAAUCAUCUCCCCUUGUAUGUUGCACGACUUCAUCAGCUGGAUUCUGAAAAGGAACGAAUGAAGAGACUGCCUGAAAUCAUCGAUGCUGCCAAUAUGGUUAUCUCACAUAUUGAUCUAACAGCCCUUGCCAUUUUUCUUGCUAUGAAGACUGAUCCCAGGCCUGAUGCUGCGACUAUAAAAAAUGAGAUGGAAAAGCAGAAAUCUACAUUAGUAGAUGCCCUCUGUCGGAAAGGGAUUGCCUUGUCAGACCAGAUCCUGCAGUUACAGGCCCAAGAAGGGGCUGUAUCAAGUGAUGAGGAAAGUAAAGAUGACAGCCAGGAGAGCAGCUUGGAUUCCUUGACAGAAACUUUCUGGGAAACGACAAAAUGGACUGACCUGAUGGACUCCAAGGUGUUACCAUUUGCCUAUAAGCAUGCACUGGUAAAUAAAAUGUAUGGAAGAGGACUCAGAUUUGCAACAAAACUUGCAGAGGAGAAACCCACCAAAGAAAACCUGAAGAACUGUAUACAGCUCAUGAAGUUACUUGGAUGGACUCACUGUGCAUCUUUUACCGAAAACUGGCUUCCCGUCAUGUAUCCACCUGAUUAUUGUGUGUUUUGAAAUAUCUGCAGUUGUAAAUUUGAGAUGUUCUUAUAUUGAUUGGAUAUAAAGAUAUGUGAUCUUACUGGAAUGCAUGUUUUCAUCCAUUAUUGAAUGCUUAAAUGGUGUGUAUUAAAGAAAGGACAAGGGGUUGCAGUCUGUUUGCUAGCUUAGCUCCUGACACCAGGGAGCCUGUUUAGACAUUUGGCAUUUACUUUCUUGAGGUAGCCCUUGGUUCCUCUAGAAAUAGAAACAUUAACCAAACCGUUUGCAUACAUCACAUUGCUGGCAAUGGAUGUUUCAGAAUGGCCAGCACCAAGACUUAGGAAAUGAAGGUGGAAAGGUUUUUGCAUGUGUAUGUGGUUCUUAAAUGUUUGUAAUUUUAGCCACAAGCCUGUACAAGCUGUUCUUUUUACGAUGAGCAGGGUUUUAACAUGUUUAAAUGUAAGUUUUUUUUCCAAUUUAUGAAGGCCUUAAAAAAAAAAGCUACAUCAAGAGUAGCAAAAACCUUAUUUAUUAGACUUAACAGUAAUGGAACUUAAUUACCAAUAUCACUUGCAAGAGUUUACAUUUUGAAUUUUUUUAAAUAAACGUUUCACACUCACUAUAAAUGUAUUCUGAAUUGCUGGUGCAAAGGUGCUCUUGAAUAUCUUCAGCUUGGAGAUAUUCUGCUUCACAUGGAUAUUUGAGUGUAUCGGGAUAAACUGAUACAUAUAUAAUGUCAGACAAUUAACACUUAAUCAGGUAUUGUAAAACUUAUACAUACAGAUAUGUUUAAUGUUUGAGAAAUGUAGAACUGCAGAAUAAAUGUGCAAAUUUCAAGAUCAAAAACUUGCACUCUCAUACUUCAAUUUUUAAUAAUAAAACAAGUAACAAAGCUGA